AUGUUCACCGAGAUGGACAGUGGUUUUUCUGGGGUUCAAUUCUCCUUCUCUAUCCAUCCCCCCUUCACAGAGAAGCUGGCCCCACCUACAAUCACAGCCUCCACCUUGGCGCCCCUGGAGCUGCGGGACUCUGUGACCCUGAGCUGCCAGUCCCCAAGCAAUGACGCCACCUUCCAGUGGUACAUUGGCAAGGAGCCUGUGGUGGGCAGUGGGCAGCUGGAGCUGUCCCUGGACGAGCAGAGACUGACUAUCCCCCAGGUGACCCGGAAUGAUUUAGGACCUUACCAGCACGAGGUCAAGAACCCUGCCAUCACUAGGCUCAGUGAGCCCCUGCCCCUCAGUGUCAUCUUUGGAGUCUACACCUGCGAGGCCACCAACCCUGCCUCAGGCAGCCACAGUGCCACAGACACACUGAUUAUCAUCCCUGAAUACAUGCCUCAGCCCAGCAUCCUGGCUGACAAUGUCGGCCCCGUGGAGAACACGGGCUCUGUCACCCUGAUGUGUGUCCCUCCGAAGAGAGUCAUAGAUAUCAGGUUGUUCAGAAACAGUGAUGUCUUUUCCAAUGGGGGCCGAGGGGAGCUGUCCCCAGACCACAGGCCCCUCACCCUCUGGAACAUUACACGGAAUGACACCGGGUUCUACCAGUGUAAGGCCAGCAAUUCUGCCACUUCCAGCCUCAGCAACCCCCUCCCUAUAAAUGUGAAUUAUUGUCCUAAUGUCCCGGUGAUAAACCCCAUGGACUCUACCUUUGCGGUUGGCUCCAACCUCACCCUCUCCUGCUUUGCCGACUCCAACCCACCUGCUGAGUACGCAUGGAGGGUGGCUGGGAGUCCAGGGGCAGCAGGGCAGCUCGUCUCCAUCCUGGAUAUCACGCUGAACAGCUCAGGACUGUACAACUGCCAUGCUGUCAAUGCAGACACAGGCCUUCAGAGUAUGGCCCAGCUGGCGGUCCACAUCAAAGAUGCCACAUCUGAGAAUGACCAGGGCCCAGCAUUCUAUGGACCACACAUCCCUGGAGGGGGCAUCGCUGACAUCGUGCUUGGAAUGGUGGUUGGUAUUGCUCUGAUGGCCACUGUGGCCUAUUUCCUGGGCUUCAUGAGGGACCAGGUAGCCGUGAUUCUCUUUUCCCUAAAGGAGGGUUGGGUACCUGUCUAUGAAGGAAGCUUGAGGUAA